AUGAUGGAAACCAUGGAUGGAACAGAGCUGUGUGUUCCACAGCUAAACUCUUCUUGCAAGAAGCCAACACACUCCCACAACACAGUUAUGCUGAUUUAUGUUUUGCUGUCUUCCAUCUCCCUCAUCACAGUGGCUCUCAACAUACUGGUCAUCAUCUCCAUAUCCCAUUUCAGGCAACUUCACACCCCCACCAACCUCCUCCUACUCUCUCUGGCUGUCUCUGACCUCCUCGUGGGCCUCCUGCUGAUGCCGGUUGAGAUCCUCUACAUAGAAGCCUGCUGGUUUCUUGGUGACAUUCUGUGCACUCUCUAUUAUAUUGCAGACUACAUCAUUACAUCUGCUUCUGUUGCGAAUAUGGUUCUUAUUUCACUUGACCGAUAUGUAGCUAUCUGCAACCCUUUGCAUUACCCUACCAAAGUCACUAAGAGCACAGCACAAGUCUGUGUUAGUCUGUGCUGGAUUGGUUCUGUGUUUUACCGCCUUCUACUUUUACAUGAUCACGUGAUAAAACCAGGAGUCUCUAUCUCCUGCUACGGAGAGUGUGUGGUUGUAAUCAGUAACAUUGCAGGGAUAAUUGACAUGAUUUUCACCUUUAUCGUGCCAAUCACUGUAAUCAUAUGCCUGUAUUUCAGGGUAUUUGUUGUUGCUUUGUCCCAGGCUCGAAUGCUACGUUCUCAAAUUACAGCUGUAGCUGCUAGACAUGGCUCUGUAACUGUGAGGAAAAAUGAGAUGAAAGCAGCUAGAACACUAGGUGUUGUUGUGGUUGUGUUUUUGUUUUGUUUCUGUCCGUACUUUUUCCCAACUCUGGAGGGUGGAGACACUUCAGUUGAUGCUUCAUCCAUAGCCUUUGAGAUUUGGUUAGCACAUUUUAACUCCUGUUUGAACCCUGUCAUCUAUGCCUUUUUCUACCCUUGGUUUAGAAAAUCUAUUAAGAUUAUUUUAUCACGUCAGAUACUGAAACCUGGUUCCAGUGACAUGAAAAUACUACACUAAUCAGAGAUUUAAAGUUAAAAAUGCUCUAGUCUCUUGACAGCUUGCCUACUAUUUUUAAAAAUACAUUAACAUUUAUAAUGAACAACCUAAGGAUAAUUUCUUCUUUAAGUGAAGCAUUUACAUAUAUGUACAUAUACAUGUAUGUGA